CAGUGUCAAAAACACCAGUGCAGGUUUAGGGUUAUGCGGGAAUGACUUUCUCUCUUUCUUUUUCUCUCACUUGGCUUUUGUCUCUCUUCAAAUGACUCUCUUGUGCUCUACUAAUCUGACCCAUCUCAUUUUAACCUAAUGAGACAUAAUGGACAACACUAUUUGGGUCUAUUCUCCACAUAGGAAGGGAGCCCAAUACCCCAACAUACCUAUCCUUGAUUCAUACAUAUAUUUAAUGGGAGAAGCGGCAAACAUUUGUCUUUUCCAUGUCCAUAGCAAAUAUCUAUCCUUAAAGUUUGAUUCAAAUUGCAUUUAUCGUCAUGAUUCUCUGCUAGUUUUCUCCAUUGGGAGAUCACCUACUGUUUAUGGAUAUUCAAGAAAACAGAAACCUUUGUUGACUCCUAAUAUCACUAUAAUGUUUGUGGGUACUGAGAAUACAUAUGGUGAAUCCAUGGUAGCCAAUGAUGGUUGGAAACAAUAUCUGGAUCAUAAGUGGGACAGAGACGUGGUUUUGGAGGAAACAACCAAGUUUCCUGAACUAACUAUGCAAGUAUUAACUGCAGUCAGAAACAGAACAACAGCCUCACAAGGUCAGCUUUUAUUUGGAAAAAGGGAAGGCCCCAAAUGUCGUCAAAGCUCUCUCAACACGUUUGGAGAAACGUGGGUGUGGGCUAAUCAUGGGGAUGGUAUAAGCAUACUCCUCAAACUACUGGUGUAA